AGCCAGUGGUGACCUACUGAUGUUAUGGAAGUGAAUUUAUCCUCCCGAACUAGUCAGGUACUAAUUUGCUGACCACGGGAAGAUCGAAGCUUGGUUUGCGUUGCCGUGGAUUUCUUACUUAUUGGGUAAAUUUAAAAAUAUCAUCAUCUUCAAGAGAACAUUCUCGUCUUUUAUGGUUACAUUUGCAGGUCUCGUGUAUUAUCGCUGGCUGGAGAGUUGUUGUUUGUCUUCUUCCAAAACGAACGAUGCUAUUUUGCGCCGAUUCACCAGAGAUAUCCGAGAAUCCAAUGAAAUGCACUCCUUUCAUGGAGAAAUGGAUGGCGUCGCUGUAUCGAGUGUCUGCGAAUUCAUUGAGGCGUGGUCGACAUCAACCACUCCGCCCUACUUCAAUAUUACGCUGUAUGGUUGUUGUUAUCUUUGGCGUAUAGCGUUUAAAAAAGAAUGUCAGAGAAGAAACCUUGCUGACGAAUGCAAUGAAUUUGAAUCGGCUAUAAACAAAGCAGCUCAUAUCAAAGUGGUCUUUAUCCAAGAUGCAGAACUUUUUCGAAUGUGGCCCAUAUUUGAUAUUCCAGCACGGGAAAUGAAGAGCACCAUUUGCUAUGCCAGAUUCUAUAGGGACUUUUAG